AUGACGACCACCCUCGUCAGACGGACCACCAAGAUCCUGGUCCUGAAUCCGAAUUCAUCGCAGGCGAUGACCCUCGGGUUGCGCGAGGCCAUUCGAGAUCUUGAGCUCUCAAAGAGCGCUGACCAACGGCAGUCCACCGAGGUGUACACUUACACUGCGCCCAGCAGCAGCCCGGCGAGCAUCAACGACGGCCACGACCUGCUCGCCAGCACCGAGUCGGUCUGCCAGGACCUGACCAAAACAGGCCUGCUCGGGCAUUACGACGCGGUGCUGGUCGCCUGCUUCAGCGCGCAUCCGCUGGUCGGCAUCCUGGCCGAGCGCGACGGCGAGUUCGGCCCGCUGGCGGUGACGGGCAUCUUCGAGGCGAGCAUCCUGACCUGCCUGUCGUUGCUGCCUCCCGGGAAGAAAUGGGGCAUCGUGACGACGGGCAGGUUCUGGGAGGACCAUCUGACGCAGGGAGUCAACGUGUUCUUGGGCACCCAGCAGCAUGCGUCCAACAUCAAGUUCGCGGGAGUAGAGACAACAGGCCUCAACGCGGGCGACUUCCACGGCGGCGUAGAACCCGCUGUUGUGCGGGAGAAGCUGAGGGAGGCCACCAGGAGGCUCUUGGACAAGGGGGACGUGGAGUGCGUGGUUAUGGGUUGCGCGGGAAUGGCAGGGCUGGAGGAGAUCAUCCGCUCCGUGGCAGUGGAGCAGUAUGGCUCAGCGCGGGGCGACCAGAUCCUCGUCAUUGACGGCGUGAGGGCCGGAAUCGGCCUCUUAGAGCAGAUGGUUCGCAACAGGCGAGCCUUCAGCAGAGCGUCAUAA